UAGGACCCAAAAGCGCGCGGCAGAGCUCCGCCCUCACACCUCCCCUCCCCCCACGACGGGCGUGGAUGGAGCCCCCGGCUUCCGUGAGACCUCAGGAGCGCCCGGGCUGCUGUGGUCCCCGGAACUCCAUGAUCCUCCAGCCGCCCGUGGAGUUGGGCCGCCCAACUGGGGCCCAGAAAGACCCCAGGGAAGCACAGGGGCCAGACAGGACCCUGGAUGCCUGCUCCUUUCCCCAAGGAAUUCAGCCCCAGAGCACCAGUCAAUUGCUGGAGGAGGAUCAGAACUCUCUUCAGAAGCAUUUCCUGUCUGAGGAGAACAUGGUUUCCCAUUUUUCCCACCUCAGCCUGGAAAAUAAUCACCCCUACUGUGGCCCAUCAGUAGCUUUCUCCAUGGGCAGUCCAGCCCCACCUAUGACCAGGCCUUUGGAAGACUCUCUUCAUUCAGUUGAGCAUCUUGGGGUCCUCUGCCCCAGCCUCCUGCUGGCCCUGAAUCCUCACUCAGAGCUACUCCUCUGGCAAUAUCCAGGAAAUCAAAUCCCAGAAACCCUUCGGCUGCUGAGACUGGGGGGCCCCCAGGUAUACCAAAACCCCCACAGUGGGGAGGCAAUGGAGCUCUGAACCUCAAGCAACUGUCCCUGUUUCUCAGGAACUCAAGCCUCUCCGAGCCCCCAACCUCAACUCCAUGAGGUAGAAAUGGGCAGAACCUGGCCUUCUCUGGAAACCACAGACUCAAAGACCAAAGAGGGUCUAGACACCCAUAUAUUGUACACAAAAAUAGAGAAGAGCACCCUCAGGUUUGAGAUAGGUCUGUUACACAUACUUCCAGGAGAUGGUGGAGGAAAUAGAACCAGACUGUUCACUGUGAGAAACAGAGGGUAAGGAACAUCUUAGGGGUUGGAAUGGCUCCGAUAACAGGGGGUCUUUCUGGAAGCAAAAUAAAAAUUGGUGGGCAGUAAAAA